UCGUUUCCUCCCCCUUGUCUAGUAUCUCGCCUAGUUCUCAAGUUCUAUGACCCUCAGGACACAAACCCGAACUAUAUCCCAGUGUAAGUCGUCGCCAUCGAAGAAGUGCAAGCGCUGAGUUACUAGGCCCGCAAUAUCAUGUUUCAUAUACGAAUGGCCAGAAUCCUAGCUGUAUUUCUGGCGUUGCUUCUGGCUAUUUCGAUCUGUAAAGCGGCGGUGAUUUACGAGCCGAUCUCGGAUUCUCAUCGAACUGUGGCCGUAGAGCUCUUCGCGCCUAUUAAUGGAUCCUAUCCCAGUUUAGAAGAUACAUAUGAGGCCUUGAGCAUUUAUGAGAUUCUUGCAAUAGAAAAGAAGCCUGAUGUGAGCACAACUGCUUGUCAAAAAGUAAUGGAGAUUCUUGGGUCAUCAUCUCCUCCAAAGGAUGUGUUCUAUGCCUUAAAAGUUAAUGGAAAAUUGAAAUGCAAGGUCGAUGAGAAGGUUCUCAAGAAUAUUGCUUCAAGACUGCAAGCCACUGUCAGUGAUGCAAGUACGUUGUUCGACAUAUACUACUCAAUAGGAAGUCUGGUUCUUAUAAAGGAUCAGACUCCUAAUGUUGAUGUGCUUCUUGCUGAUGGUGAUGGGACAUUUCAAUCAAUCAAGGCGCUAAGCCAGAGUGAUGGAAGAUGGCGCUACAGCCCUGACCCUGAGUCUAGUACUUAUGCUGCCGGAUUAGCACUUGAAGCAUUUGCUGGGGUGAUCUCACUAGCAUCUUCUGAAAUUGAUCGGUCUGGGAUUGAUAUGGUGAAAAAUGAUAUAUUGAAGCUUUUUGACAGCAUUGAGAAAUAUGAUGAUGGGACCUUUUACUUUGAUGAGAAAAUUGUUGGUGGACGUGAGUAUCAAGGUUCUCUUUCCACGACUGCUUCGGUUGUGCGGGGGCUUACAGCAUUUUCUGACAUAACUUCUGAAAAAUUGAAUCUUCCAGCAGAUAAAUAGGGUUUGGCAAAAUUCUUCCUGGGCAUUGGAAUCCCAGGAGAUGCAAAGGAUUUCUUCAAUCAAAUAGAAUCAUUAGCUUUUUUAGAGAAUAGCAGGGUUGCCACCCCAUUGAUACUGUCUCUUCCUGACACUGUUUUUUCAUUAACCAAUGAAGACUUGCUUAAGGUUAAGGUGAAUACAGUGCUUGGUUCAGCUGCACCACCUUUAACGGUAAUUGUUCGAGCAUUCAGAUCUGGUGCUGAAGAUUCAUCUAUUAUUGAGAGUAAGGAGCUCCAGUAUGACUCACGUGGACUUCAUGUCUUCAGUUUUCUCUCAAAGCAUGUGGAUUUGGGAACUUAUAUAUUUGUUUUUGAGAUGGUGCUUCAUGGAUCUCAUAAUGAUAAAAUAUAUGCCACUGGAGGCCAAAUUCACGUGCCAGUAUAUGUCACUGGAAUCAAUAAAGUUGGCAAUGCAGAAAUUGCUGUUCUCGACAGUGAUUUGGGAAGUGUUGAAACCAGAAAAACGUUGGAUUUGUCUAGAAAUAAUGUUGUUUCACUCUCAGCUAACCACCUGCAGAAGUUGCGUUUGUCAUUUCAAUUGACAAUGCCUAAUGGUCGUGCUUUUAAGCCACAUCAGGCAUUUCUUAAGUUGAGACAUGAGACUAAGGUUGAACACAUCUUUGUGGUUGGGAAUACUGGCCAGAAGUUUGAGAUCAUUCUUGAUUUUCUUGGCUUGGUGGAAAAAUUCUUUUAUCUCUCAGGCAGAUAUGACAUUGAGCUGACUGUUGGUGAUGCUGCCAUGGAGAACUCUUUCUUGCAGCCUCUGGGCCAUGUUGAUUUAGAUCUUCCAGAUGCACCUGAAAAGGGAGCUCGCCCUCCUGCUCCACCUGUUGAUCCUUAUUCAAGAUAUGGACCCAAAGAAGAGAUAACCCACUUAUUCAGGGCUCCUGAAAAGCGACCACCGCAGAAUCUCUCGCUAGCUUUCUUGAUUUUGACCCUUUUGCCACUUAUUGGUUUUUUGGUUGGUCUUUUACGAUUAGGAGUGAACCUGAAGAACUUCCCUGCUUCAUCAGUAAAUGCUCUCUAUGCUGCUCUGUUCCAUCUUGGCAUUGCUGCAGUUCUGUUGCUUUAUACACUUUUCUGGUUGAAGCUGGACCUGUUCACCACACUCAAAACACUAAGUCUUUUAGGAGUAUUUUUGCUGUUUGUGGGACACAGAAGUCUUUCCUAUCUCGCUUCUACAUCGGCCAAGUUGAAGUCUGCAUGAGUAAACCGAUGAAUCUCCCUAUAUAUAUUACAAGAGACGACAAUAGAAAGAGUUACUUCUUGAAGGGAAAUUGGUGCUAAUCCAGUUUUGUAGGACCUUUCUUGGAUCAGCUCAUGGCGAGUGAAGAUAGUUGAGUUGUAUUGAAAGAGAAAAGUUCAUCUCGUUGAUCUCUGCUAUUCCCCUUUGAAAAACCUAUGAUGGUCCAACCAAUGUUUUAGCCUUCGUUCUACCUGCCCUUGACCUUAUUUAUGGUAAGCAUAGCCUUUUUUAACAUUAUGCUUUCGAGUUAUUGACCAUUUUUUUUAAGAAAAAGGUAACAUUAUGCUUUCUA